UGGGUCAGGACUGCAGAUCCUAACGGGGCGCAGCCAGCCUGGCAAGUGAGAGGCUGGAAAAGCCCCAGAGUUCUGCUUGUGAGGCAGCAGCACUCGGGACCAUGAGGUUCAGGAGCAUUUUUGUUUCAUGCCGCAAGUGGAAAAGAUCUGAGCAUGGGGCAGCGAGCCCUUCGCACGCUGCCUGGUCAUGUUGCUGUAAAUAGCCCACCAGCCCUGGCGGGCAGCGCGGCUGCUUCCAGGUGCGCGGCGGUAUAAAAACCUCUGGAGGGGGCAUCAGCCUGCAGGAGCCUUCCAGCGCCUUGCACCACAACAGUUCCACAAUCUUGGCACAGCAGCUGCCAUUUCCCAACACAAUGCAAAGAGCAACAGACUGCCAAACAGCGGAAGGAGAAGCCUGUGAAGAGCCGUGUGAGUCUGAGAACUGCACUUGCAGCUCCAACUGCUCAUCAACAGCAGAAUCCAACCCCGAUUCACCAGUAAUUCUUAAAAUAUUGGAGAACUGGGCUCCCACAGUUUCCCACUACUUUGACAAAGAGCAUUACACUUAUGCAGGCCAGCACAUUGUCAUCCAGGAAUCUAUAGAACACUUUGGAGCAGUGGUGUGGCCUGGGGCACUGGCUUUGUCUCAGUAUCUGGAAUCAAAUCAAGAACGAUUCAACCUCAAAGACAAGAAAGUUUUGGAAAUUGGUGCUGGAACAGGCUUGGUUUCCAUCGUGGCUUCCAUCUUAGGAGCUUAUGUUACAGCUACUGAUUUGCCUGAAGUUCUUGAAAAUCUCUCAUUUAAUAUUUCAAGAAAUACACACAACAUGAAUACGCACAAACCUGAAGUGAGAAAACUGGUGUGGGGAGAAGACCUCAAUGAAGACUUCCCUUUAUCAACUUACCAUUAUGAUUUUAUACUGGCAAGUGAUGUUGUAUACCAUCAUACUGCUCUGGAUGCCCUGCUAGCAACAAUGGUACACUUCUGCCAGCCAGGGACAGUAUUAUUAUGGGCGAAUAAAUUCAGAUUCAGUACAGACUAUGAAUUUUUGGAACAACUUUGCAGUAUAUUCGAUACAUCCAUCCUAGCAGAAUUUCCAGAAUCAAACGUCAAGUUGCUUAAAGCCACGGUAAGAGAGAACUGAAGAAAAAAAAAAAAAAACAACUACUAAUUUUGAUUUCACACCUGCACCUUGCAGUUUGGAAUGUGAUGUGCAAUUACGGUAUGCCCUCUGUGCCUUUACGUCUGUGAAGUUGUAGCUGUAGCUGAACUCCGCAUGUUUUGUUACAAGAAAUCUGGCAAGACAAGCAAUAGAGCUCAUUUGUCUUGGGUUCAUACUUACAACCUAUUCAAACAGAGCAAUUUCACUCCACUGGAGGAACAAUGUCACUAAGUAGUCAGAUAGCAGGGAGACAUUAACAGAAAGCAUUGAUCUUCUAGGCUGCACUGAACUUCUGCUGUUUGGAAGGUGUUCUCUUUCAGCAAAUUUCAUUUACAUACUCCUGGAUGAACCAAUAUUUUUAGCUUUAUUUGUUUUUAUUACCUAUAAAAUAAUCUUUUAAAGUA